AUGGAACCAAUUGACCCUUCAAUUCUUAUUGAAGACGUAUUAACUUCUUUAAGAACUAGCUUUGAGUCAAGAAAAACAAGGGAAUACGCAUAUAGAGUAGCGCUUCUGAAAAAGUUUAGAGAAGCAGUAACAGAGAACGAAAAUCAAAUUAUUGAAAGCUUAAAACAGGAUCUAGGACGGUGCGAAUUCCUGACAAGGGUAUGCGAAAUCGACUCUUUGACAGCUAAUAUAGACUACCAAAUAAAGAACUUAAAAUCUUUCAUGAGCCCUGAAGACCAUGACAUCCCUCUUGCUAUGGCCCCAGCCAAAGCUCAAGUAAUUCAUGAGCCAUAUGGUGUUGCUUUGGUAAUGGGGUCUUGGAAUUUCCCGUUUUCUACCACAUUGAACCCAGUUAUUUGUGCAAUUGCAGCUGGGAAUUGUGUGUGCGUAAAACCCUCAGAAAUUUCUCCAAGCACUUCGCAUGCCAUAAAGACUAUAGUUUCACAGCUAGACCCAGAGACUGUUAGUUGUAUAGAGGGAGGCCCAAAAAUAGCAGAAUUAUUGCUGAAACAGAGGUGGGAUGUGAUUGCGUUUACUGGGUCUCCUGAAAAAGGGAAACUGGUAGCAAAAGCAGCAUCGGAACAUUUGACACCGACUAUUUUGGAGCUGGGUGGGAAAAAUCCUGUUAUUGUGGACGAGAUGGUUAACUUGGAUUUGGCUGCGAUGAGAAUUGUACAGACAAGAUUUUUGAAUGUAGGUCAAUUGUGCUUGUCUCCUGAGUAUGUUUUUGUCCAUCAUAGCAUGCUCAAUGAUUUUUUGCAAAAACUUCAGCUUUACAUCAAGCAGUUUUAUGGAGAAAAUCCCAAAAACAGCCCUGAUUAUGGAAGAAUUAUCAAUGAAGCACACACUUGGAGAAUUCUUAAGCUUUUAGAAAGGCAUGAAGGAGAAUUAAUUGUGGGUGGAGACGCUGAUAUUUUGGUUAAGCAUAAACUCAGCCCCCAUAAAUACUUCCUAGUCUUGAUAAUGAUAAAUAUAAAGAGAUUUUGCAGCUUUUUCGCCUUCACGCUAUUAAACACAUAUAUUUAAUACUUUACUAUAUGCAAAAUUUUUAUAUGUUACAAAUUUAUCUCAUAUUUUUAAUGAGAUAUAAUAUGUUUUAUAUGCAAAAUUAGUUAUUUAUGCAUAUUAAAUUUGUUAAAAGCAUUAAUUUACAAAUCGAUGCUAGAUAUUAUAUGUGCCUAUGGUGCAUAAUUAUGCUUGAAUUGAUUUAUUUGUGUCUAUCCAUUUUAAAGCAGAAUUCAAGAAUUCAUGAUUAAACUGUGAUAAUUAAGUGAUAUCCAGCGUAUUUCUCUUAUAACUCUCUUAUUUAUUAGUCUAAAAUUUUUACUAGAGAUAUGAAAUAAAUCUAUUAAAUAUAUUUGUAAACAUUCUAUAAAUCAUGUUUUAUUAGUUUAUAAGUGAAAAUGUUGCAAAAUCCCUUAUAUUUAUCAUUAUCAAGACUAAGUAGUUUGGUAUUGAGAGGGUAGGGGGAUUGUAUUUAUACUUGGCCAGAUAUUGAGUCAAAAUAUAUUUCUCCUACUGUCAUACUGAACCCGUCCCCAGAGUCAGAGCUAUGCAGGCAGGAAGUUUUUGGACCAAUUUUAACAGUUUUCACCUAUACCAAUAUAGAUGAGUGCAUUUCUUAUAUAAACGCAAGAGAAAAACCAUUAGCUUUAUAUUACUAUGGGAACAAUACAAAAACAAUGGAAAAAGUGAAGCAAAAUACGUCUUCAGGGCAUUUCAGCUGCAAUGAAAGCGCUUUUAAUUACUCAUGUGUCGAUCUCCCAUUUGGUGGUGUUGGGCAAUCUGGAAUGUCUAUGAUUUUUAGCAAGUAUGGCUUUGAAGCCAUGAGCCACCAAAAGAGCGUGCUGAUUAAAGGAAAUUUCAAUGGGUAUCCAGUUUCAUUGAGGUAUCCACCUUAUAUAGGGGUCAUCAGGGAAAAAAAGGCAGGGUUUCCUGCUGCCUGUUUUUACAGUCAAAAAUGACCUAGGGUUUUUUCCUUAUUUUUUAGGAAAAGUUGUUUUUCAAAAAGCAAAAUCUACCCGUGCUUUUUUCCUCGAUUUUUACAGAAAAUAAAAAUUGAAAAGAUUUAGGAUCUAAUUAUUUUAGCUGGAGAAUUAGUUUUAAAGAUCUAAUAUAUAAAAACUUGUUCCAAUCUUAAGUCUAAUCCUAAAAAUGUAAGCCAAAUGAAGAAAGAAAUUACAUUGUAUCUUAACCAAUUUUUUUUUAACUGUCAAAUUUUUUUUUAUCCUAAUAGAAAUUAAAAAAUUCAUAUAUCAGCUAUAAUUAGAAAGCUCUAAACAACUAAUGAUUCAAUCUUUAGAUAUUUCUAAUAAAUAUAUUUGGAUUGAUUGGCUGGUAGAUCUCUAACUCAUUAAAUGUGUGUGACGAAAUUUUAGCCAAAAAAAAAUUAAACAACCCCAGUUUUUUCCUGCGAAAAAAAAACAGGAAAAACCCUCCAUCAUUUUUGACGGUAAAAAGGAAGGACGAAAAAGCUACCUUUAUUCAGCUCAACCCCUUAUAUAGUGUAUCCACACUAUGCGUCGCUAUCUUCCCGAUGUCUCACGAGAUGACCGGGGGUGUUGAUUUACCUACAAAUAUUGGUGAAACCAAAUUCUUUAAAUUGCGAAUCCAUCAGAUGUUUCAAACUUGCCAUUUAUAGUUUUUAACCAAGAUUUGCUGGUGAAACCAGCCCCGGGUCGUCUUGGAAAAACAUUGGGAAGACAGCACUCGCUAGUGUGGAUGGGCUAUACACCUGAAAAAGUGGCCAGCUUUAAUAAACUAAAAGCAUUGACUCAAUUCAGCUUAUGGCAAGCGUUGAAAUUUGGAAAGAGAUUUUUAAUUGUUUUAGUUAUAGUGCUAUUUGCUACUAAAACAAGAAUUUUGCAGAAGCUUUGGCUAUUAAGAUACCUGCUUAAACGCUAA